ACUCUUGAGAUGGAAGAAUUUCAGAGUUGUAUUUACUUUCCUAAGUCAAUUGAAGCUAUUUUGAGAAAGCUUAAGAAUUUCAACGAACCUUUUGAUAAUACUACGAUGCAAUUUAUACUCACAAAAGAUUUGGUCAACGUUUGGAAAGGAAUACUUCACGACAAUCUAAAAUCACUUUCCAACAUUGAAGAACUUGUUUUCAUUGAAAUGCUUGAUCUUAAACCAUCGGAACAGAUGAAUGAAACUCCAGAGAAAACCAUAGAGUUGCCAAUUUCAACUCCUGCCAAAAUUAUAGCGUCACAAAUUUUAACUGGAAACCGGAAUGUCAUUGAAGACAUUCAUAUUAAAUGUCAUUCGUCCACAUAUGAUAAUAAUUUAACACUCGGUGUUGAAUUUCGUCAAAUUCAAGGUAUUUUAUGGAUCAACGUACUUAUUGAGACAUUUGAAAUUCUAAUUUCAUCUGAAGAGUACUACAUGGAAACGAACGUAUUAUUGUUAAAAUGUAUCCAUAAAAUCAUACUUAUGGACACAAUAGAGACAGUACAGCGUCGUUCAUUAACUUGUUUCAACGACUCAUUAAAGAAACUGCAAGAACAAAUAGAUAAAUUUUUAAAGAAACUUUGCAAUGAAGAUACAAAAUAA